AAGUUACAAAGCUCAUAGGCUAGUGUUCGUUCUCGGGAAACGACGUACUGACGUUGUACCCCAGGAAAUAGCCAACUUUGUGUUACUACAACCUCUUCAUUCAAGAUGGUGUUAGAAACCAUAUCUAGGAUAAUCAAAAUCCAGCUUCCAGCCUACCUCAAAAAAUUACCCCUACCAGAGACAAUAGGAGGUUUUGCGAGAUUAACAGUCUCGGAGUGGUUGCGGCUGCUGCCUCUAUUGGGCAUUCUGGCCCUUCUGGGCUACCUCACCAUCCGCCCCUUCCUCCCCAAGAAGAAGAAGCAGAAAGACAGCAUCAUCAACCCAAAAAUCCAAAAGGAGAACCCCCGAGUGGUCAACGAGAUUGACAUCGAGGACUUGAGUAGCACAAAAUCUUACUGCAGGUGUUGGCGGUCCAAGACGUUUCCUGUUUGCGACAGAUCCCACAUAAAGCACAAUGAGCUGACUGGCGACAAUGUUGGACCCCUGGUACUGAAGAAGAAGAUUCUAUAAUCCCUGGCUUUGCUGCAAGGGAGGAUAGACCUAGAGUCAGCAUGAGAGAGAGAGAGACCUUUCUUCAAAGGUUUAUAUUGCCUUUAUUUAGUGACAGAUAUUGUCUGUUUUUCAUAAUAUAGUGGCAAUUAUGUUUUGUUAGGGUUUAAAUGUUAAGGGACAUUUUGUCUUUUUUUCAAUUAGUUAAAGUAUAGAUAUCUGGGACAAACAGAUUUCUAAGAUUCUAGAUGUUUGAGUUUCAUCUGCUUCUUUUUACUUUUUUACCCAUUUCUGUGAAAGUAUGACAUUCUGUUAAUGCCUUAAGUUUCAAUGUUUUAAUGUGCAAUAUUAUUUGACGGGGGGAAAAAAAAUUCACCAUCAACGUGAAGUCAAUUCAAUGACGCAAUCAAGACAAUUUUAAAUAGCAUUUAAUGGAGCAAAUACUGACUUUGUUAAAUUCAAGCUUCGGUGCCUGAAUACUGUAUGAGUCAGUCCUACUUGAAUAUACAAAUGAGUGUGUUGGUGAGUGUGAUGACUACAGUUCCUGGUUUACCAAGCUCCAUCAUGAUUGCACGAAUCCGUUUUUGAUAACUGGGUAUCUAAAAUGAUACAGGUCACUGACACAUUUACCCAGUUCAUGCAUGAGGUUUGGGAGUUUUCAAAUUUGUGCAUCGAAUUUUCAUUUUGUUUUUAACUCACAGCAUGUUUAAGUUAUUGUGAACUGUGUAUUACUUUUUACAUUGGAAAUCAAGUCUUACUUAAUGUUGUUAUAGGUAUUGCUUAAAUGGUCAGAAAAUAAUUUGUCAAUGUUGUGCAUUCAAAGAAAUUGUUAAACUAUAACCAAGGAAUGUACCACAGACAAACCUCAAAUCACAUUACAGAGUUUUUGCCAUCUUUUCUACUACUUUCUAUUUGCCAUUUAGUGUUUUGAGAGUCUAGAUUCAACUGCUAUUGCAAGCAUCUAUUUCUUCACUAACUACUGGUUUGUAGGACACCAACUUAAAUAUUUUGACAUGAUCUAAGGAAAUCAAUUAGGCUAACGCAUUUCCUAUGGCCAUGUUACUAUGUAAAUCAGAUGUGCUCUAAUACUUUUGAAAAAAUCAAAAACUAUAUAAAUAUUUGCCUUUUUUAA